AUGAGUAGGCAAUUCAGUUCUAGAUCUGGGGGAGGGAUUAGGACUUCCCGGGGAUAUACCUCUUCCACUACUGUCGUUCCUAGUGGGACAAAAGCUAGUUUCAGCUCCGUUUCAUUAUCCCGUGGUGUGAAGGGAAGCUCAGGAUUGGGUGGGGGCUUUGGUAGUAGAAGCCUCUACAAUCUGGGGGGUGGCAAACGAAUCUCUUUUGGAAUCAGCCAUGGUGGCGUUGGAGGAGGCUUUAGGAGUGGCCUAGGAUAUGGUAGUGGUGGUGGUGGAGGAGGAGGAGGAUUUGGUAGUGGCUAUGGAUAUGGAGCUGGAGGUUUAGGUUUGGGAGUAGGAGGCUAUGAUGGUGGACUAAGAAUGGGGACCAUGCCCCCUCCUGGGGGCAUCCAGAAAGUGACUGUCAAUGCCAACCUCCUAUCGCCACUGCACUUGGAGAUUGAUCCUGAACUUCAAAAAGUGCGGCAACAUGAAAGGGAACAGAUCAAGACCCUCAACAACAAGUUUGCGUCCUUCAUUGACAAGGUACGGUUUCUUGAGCAACAGAAUAAAGUACUAGAAACAAAAUGGAAUCUCCUGCAACAACAUGGCAGCUCAGCUCCAAACUUCGGCCUAGAGUCCAUAUUCGAGGCUUACUUGCUUAACCUCAGAAAGCGAAUUGAUGCGUUAAGAGGCGACCGGACAAAGUUGGAUGGAGAGCUAAGAAACGUACAGGAUCUUGUAGAAGACAACCGAAGGAAAUAUGAAGAAGAAAUUAACAACCGCACCGCUGCUGAAAAUGACUUUGUUGGUAUCAAAAAGGAUGUUGAUGCUUCAUUCAUACGAAAAGUAGAGCUGCAAGCAAAUGCUGAUAGGCUGGCAGAUGAGAUCAACUUCCUGAGGACCAUCUUUGAGGCUGAAAUGGCUCAAAUCCGAGGACAAAUUAGUGACACCAAUGUUGUCUUGCAAAUGGACAACAACCGAGAUCUGGACCUCAACAGUAUCAUUGCUGAAGUGAAAGCACAGUAUGAAGACAUUGCCAACAGGAGCCGGGUUGAGGCAGAAGCAUGGUAUCAAAGCAAGUUUCAGGAACUUCAGAGCACAGCUGUUGGUCAUGGGGAUGACCUGAAAAAUACCAAGAAUGAGAUUGCGGAACUGAAUCGGGUUAUCCAUAGACUAAAUGCAGAAAUUGACAAUGUGAAGAAACAGGUCAGCGGUCUUCAAGGAGCAAUUGCUGAUGCUGAACAGCGUGGGGAGAUGGCCCUGAAAGAUGCCCGGGUGAAAUUGAGCGACCUGCAACUGGCUCUGCAAAAUUCGAAGGAUGAGCUGGCACGUCUCCUGCGGGAUUAUCAGGAGCUGAUGAAUGUCAAACUGGCUCUGGAUAUUGAGAUUGCUACAUACCGCACGCUGCUCGAAGGCGAAGAAUGCAGGAUGUCUGGAGAACUCACUACCCCUGUGAGCAUGUCGGUGGUCAGCAGCUCGUCUGCCAUGAGCGGAGGUGGUCGUGUGAGCAGUGGAGGAUUCGGCCUGGGGAUAGGUGGAGGAGGAGGAGGCAGUGGUGCUGGAGGCAGCCUGGGUCUGACAAUGGGAGGGUACUUUGCACCAGCAGAUGAAUGCGAUAUAAUUGUAUCCUCUUAA